AUGAUUCACGUGGGCAUGUUUCUGCGACAGGAAGGCGGUGAAUGGAGGGACUGUUCCGAAUAUCUGCGUUUUAUGGACGCCACUCCAGAGCUACAUUUGACCCAGCUGAUGCAUGAAGUCAAAGUAAGCGAGCAGGAGGAUGUCAACUCGCUCACGGUGAGUGAUAUGGGAGAUGACGUCAGCUUGACCUUGGAUCCCAGCUUGCUUGACUUCUCUUUCCCGUAUAUACCAACGUCAUCUGAGCUAUACCCUAUCAACCCAUUGGAGAUCGAUCAACAACUUGAUCAACACUUGGUACCACUGCCCACUUUUCUAGAUCAUGAUCUGGACAGUGAAAAUCAACUAGUGUUAUCUGGGGAUGGCUUUAUUGACAGAACUGCGUGGCUAUCUACUGGCUCAGACCUCCAACAACUACACAGUGCUCGUCCCAAUGUCUCAUCAAGCACCAUGGCCGACGGCACUUCAGCGACUGAGCCAGGCGUCAGUGCCGAGGAAUCUGAGCCUACUAACAUAUCACAGCCCAAAAUACCCUCCAGCGCUCGUACUGGUCUCCCCCGGCGCAGGAGCCGCUAUCUAAUCCGACGGCAGGAUCAACAGAGCGGCCCGAUUGUUAUCCCAAAUGCGAAUGCAAUGGGUCCCAUGGAGAGAUGGCAUCCUAGUGCAGCACACCUCGAUCAGCACAACCAUAAUGUAUGCCAUGGUGACUCUGGCAAGCCCCGCUCCUUUCGUCGCAAAGAUCAUCUAGUGCAACAUCUGCGUCUCAUGCAUAAUAUUGACACUUUGCCUCUCAUCGAUGAUUGGAAGAUUUCACAUUCUGCUGUCCCGUCACGUUGUGGGUUCUGUGAGCACAGUAUGGAUACUUGGGAACAACGAGUUGACCACCUGGCUGAACACUUUCGGAAAAAUGCUACAAUGAAAGAUUGGAAAGGUGACCACGGGUUUCCACCCUCCAUUGCUGCUCAGGUUACGAACUCUUUACCCCCUUAUCUGAUAGCAGAGGAGUCUCAGAGUCUGAUUCCGUUUUCUGCGACCAACACACACGUUCAGGAUCAUUUUGUGCAGAUCUCGUCGCGUGCCCAUUAUCUUACUGAAGAGCAGAAGGCGAGCCCGGACAAAGUUGCCGAAGAUGCCCAAGCAGAGGCUGCCGCUAAGCCAAACAUUUCCAUGUCGGAGCUCAGCUCCUUUACGCAGGUCCUUACACUGCAUUUAAGUCACUAUGCCCAAGAGAAAAUCAAGCAGGGUGUCAUGCCUACAGACGAUAUGUUCCAACAGGAAGCAAGACGAGUGCUUUACGAUUCCGAGGACUCGUGGAAUCAGACUAUCGCUGAUAACCCGGAAUGGCUUUCUGCAUUUCGACAUCUACACUGUGGGGAGAGGAACAAUAUCGAGCCCAGAUCUGGAGGGGUAGAGUCGGUAGAUCACCACCUGGAAGACAUCCCUCAGAGUGUGCAAACUAUCCUCCGUACUUAUCUCUUCUCCCUCUUCCCCUUCCGCUGUAUCCGCCACGUCCGGGUGACCAACUGUAGCUUUCCCUCUGCAGUUCUCCAAAUCCCAAAGAAAUUCGUCGACCUUGCUUCUGUGACCUGGAUAUCAGACCCAAAUAACCACAAACUCUGA